UCCUUUAAGACGGCAGGUUGUUGUUAACCCUCCGCAAUUGACAUACCCACCCGGCGCUCUCUGGCUUCACGCCUCCCCUUCGACGUCGCCACCACCCAAAACAAACCAAACCAAACCACUCGAGAACAAAAAAAAUCACUGCUACUCCUCGAGAAGAGAAGAGAAGUGAGCGAGCAUGGACGAUUACACGAGGGAGAUGAUGGACCUCAAGACCCUCGUCACCCGAACCCUAGAAAAGAAAGGCGUCCUUGCCAAGAUCCGAGCUGAACUUAGAGCGAGUGUUUUUGAAGCUAUUGAAGAGGAGGAUCGGGCAGUUGAGAAGGAAGAAGCUUUACCUCCUGCAUUAUUGGGUAGCUGCAAUGAUCGUGCAAAACAGCUUCAUGCUUCUCCCUCAGGAAGGCUUCUAACUGCUCUAAUUUGUGAGUACUUGGACUGGGCGCAGCUAGGUCACACUCUUAAAGUUUACCUGCCAGAGUGUAACUUGCCAAAGGAUUUUUGGAAAGCUGAGUUGAAAGAAUUUAGUAAUAAGAAUGGAUAUGAUCUUAACAGGAAUGGUGAAAGUGGUCCUUUGCUUUUGGACGUUCUAGAAGGAUUUUUGAAGUUUGAGAGCCUAUCCCAAACAAGAGGUGUGGGAAGGAGACAAACCACUGCAGAGACCGAACCCUUGUCCAAUUUAGAGUCACGUAACAUGCGGAGACCUUCAUCAUCAUCCAUUGCUGGGGGCUUACCUCCAUUGGGAAGAGUUUCUGUUGACGCCUUUAAACAUUUAGACAGGAGAGGUGGAUCCUCUAUGUCAGCCUACAGGAAGGAUGAAUACAAUUGGAGAUAUGACAGUGAUGAUCUUCCAGACGAUGUAAUUCGAGCUUCAGCUGCCUUGGAAAACCUCCAGCUGGAUAGAAAAGCACGGAAUCUAACUACAUCUUGGCGGCACUCUGGGGAUGGAAUCUCAGAGGAGGAUGGCAGAACGGAGCGCAUGUAGUUGAAUUGGUGGCAGCAUCCUCUGUUUCAUUGGCAUAUUUAGUUUCUUCUUCUUGUGUAUUUUCAAUUUUAAGCAUUGAAUGAUUUAUGGUCAUUCAACAAGGGAGGGUAGUGAUGUGUAAGAUUAUGUAAUGUAUUGAUUGUGAAUUUAUGAUUUGAUUUGUUUGAGCUUUUCUUCCUUCUGACCA